CUCUUACCAUUCCAAUUAUUUUAUCCAUAAAAAUUUUUUAAAUCUAAAAAUGUAACAGUGAUCCAUAUUUGACUAGAACCUUCCAGAUUGCCAUUGUCCUCCAUAUAUAAUUACACCUUGUUCUUCCUUUUCUUCCCACCAUUCAAUCUUUCCAACUAGCAAAAACCAUUAACAAAUCCAUCAACACAACGAAAAUGCCGAUGCGACCAACAGGAGGGCUGAAACAAGAGUGGGAACCAAUCGUUCUCCAAAAAACAAAAACAAAGGCACAAGACCUGAAAAAUCCAAAAGCGGUAAACCAAGCAUUACGUACCGGAGCACCGGUUCAAACCGUAAAGAAAUUCGACGCCGGUUUGAACAAGAAGACGGCGGCUGUUAAUGCUAGGAAGCUGGAUGAGGCGGCGGAACCAGCAGCGCUUGAGAAAGUGCCUGUGGAUGUGAGACAAGCGAUACAGAAAGCGAGGAUUGAGAAGAAGAUGAGUCAAGCUGAUUUAGCCAAGCAGAUUAAUGAACGAACGCAGGUUGUUGCAGAGUAUGAGAAUGGUAAGGCGGUGCCUAAUCAACUUGUGUUGGGGAAAAUGGAGAAAGUGCUUGGUGUUAAACUCAGAGGCAAAAAUCACAAGUGAAAAGAAAAGUGUGUGUGAUCAUAUGGGAAAGUUGUAGUUGUUUAUUGUUGUGCAUGAUAAUAUGCUAGAUGUUGUAGUUCUUUAUUGUUGUGCAUGAUAAUAUGCUGGAUUCUCCGCGUGAGAUGCUAAGAAUUUUAGUAUUUGUAAUGUAAAAUAAACUUUGAUUUUUUUGUUUCA